AUGGGCAGUUCCGGACUGGUUCACGACCGCUCAGAUAUCUCAAUGAAGAUGGUUCGCCGUAAGGUGCUCAUUGGAAGAUGCAAGGAUUGUGAAGAGGUCGCGUUUCCUGCCGAGAUAUGCCUUGAUGCAGAAAACUAUGGUUUCUUUCCUCGCUACGUAGGGAAGGACUCUUACAACUCGCUUUCAUCUUUAUCGCCCACUCUCAUUAAGACUCAACACAUAUCACCUUCAACCACUCCACCGACCUUCGCCAUGAAGUUGUUAACGCUUACGCUCUUUACCUUACUCUCCUUAGUCAUCGAGAUCGCUGCCAACAACGAAUCGAUUGGCAGCGAAGUAUUGUAUUUCUACUAUGUCUACAAGAUGCAGUACUCGAGUGGCGGAGACCGGACCAUAGCCACAGGAUGCGGACCUAGUGGAAGUGUGGGCAUGUGCUACUUUGACGACUUUGUCAAGUACAUUAUGGAACGAGAUUUCGUUCAGGGGUACCGGCCUAGUCCCAGUGACCAUACCAAGACACCCUCGCAGUCUAAUCUGGUUACCUUCAAGAAAUCCAUCACGCAGCAGUCCGUGAGCUACAGGAUGGACAGAUUGGACACCCGCCUGCAAAAUGCGGCCAGUGGGGACGUGGCCGGGGCAGCACGAUCGCAGGCUGCUCUAAUCGAGACCAUGUUGGGGUCGGCCAACAAUGCGAUUGACUCUGGGAAUGUCCUAAUAUCCGAUGCAGAAUCGGCUCAUGAGUCCAUCGAAGACGCGAUGCAAAAGCGCAGCCCUCAAGCUAUGGACGCUGUUGACAGGUGGCUUGCUAGACAGCUCACGGAGGAAGAGCAAGGCCAUAUCAGCAAAAACGGAGCUAUCGUGGACUGGAAGGAAACGCUCGACAACAUCGACUUAGCCGUUGAAGAUGACGAUCUCACCCACGAUGAAGGAGAAGCCCUCAAAACUAAGAUGACAAACAUCAGCGGACAAUUUGGUCAGGAUGAGGUAGAUGUGCCGCGAUCUGAAAUCACGCAUAUGUCCAUCUUGCGCGCUCUUCAAGACUCUAGCACUCAGAUCAAGGCUGGUAUUGAUCGAGGUGAUGAGGAAGUGGACGACAAGAUUCCUGCACCCGCUGAGUCGGCUAGUUCAUGUUCUUCAGACUAUGAAAGCAGUUCCGAAAGCAGUUCCUCUGGCUCCGAAUUGAAGAGAAGAGCAACACACGGAUUCGUCGCUAAACUUUUCAAGUUCGCGAAGAGACAGCCUGGCGCUCUUGCUAAGAUAUUGGAGGCUCGCCAGUUGCAGCCUAUCAGCGUAUCCAAAGUUGGUGUCACUGCUAGUUCUUCAACCUCUUCGGCCACUCCUGUCAGUAAGUCGACGCAUUCGAUUCCUUCAUCUUCGUCGCCAUCUUCGACGUUAUCACUACCGCCAUCUACCGCUUCCAGCGAGGCGGUGGUAAACACAAAGACGGGAUAUGACAUGGCUGUCACUACUGUAUUCUCUGCGCCUCCAGAGUGCACGGGAGGCAUUACCACCAUGGCUACAGACACGGGCAACCUCUGGCUCAACGUUAUUGACCCUGUACCAACUGUGACAAUGACGCAAUGUUAUCCGAGUCAAUUCGUCGCCAGUGCUCUGGCGAAAACGACUUUGCCACCUUUUAGCAGGCUGGUCUGCCCUGACCAUUGGGAGUCAUAUAAAGCUAACUCUACAUACGUCGUUUGUUGUCCACAGGGAUAUUCACUUUGGGCGCCACAUUGGACUGAAACAGCCCGUCCUGGUCGUAACGCCUAUUGCAGCUCUGUCAUAUGGCCCAGUGUGAUCAUGGAUGUUACUAGCUAUGACGCAUCUGCCCUUGUCACUGUUCUUCCCGAGACGGCUGGCACAGAUGGCAAUAUCGUAUUCGCCACUGCGUUUGACGGGAACACAUACGCUCCCACGACUCCAGCCUCGUCAUCUUUGCGAGUGACUUCCUCCUCAAAGUCAUCACAAGUGGCCGUUUCUUCAUCUUUACUGUCGAUAAAAUCGUCGACCCUACCGUUUUCUUCACCAGCGACUUCGACUGCAUCUACAGGGGCAACAUCAGUGACGUCUAGUAUCUCUUCCAAGCCGUCUUCGACCUUGUCGGUUGUGGUCAAAACCUCGUCGAUUGUGCCGACGACCUCUCCUACGAAGACAUCCUCUUCCACCACAAAAGCCUCCACCGCUCUCCCUGCCAUCUCAUCUCUGCCAUCUUGCGGCCAAACCUGCAUGAACAAUAUGCUCAGCCAAUACUCGACCCUCGGCUGCUCUUCUGCUGACCCAGCCUGCGUGUGCCGCAACCCCAACUUCGGCUACGGGGUACGCGACUGCUCCAAUGGCGCGUGCGGCUCCUCCGUUGGUGCCAGCGUUAUCACUUGGGCAUCGAACUACUGCUCCAUUGCCGAGGCCUCAAAGACAACUCAACCAUCGACGGCCACGCCUACUCCCACAGCGACGGGAAUCGGUUCGCUGCCCUCGUGCGGACAGACCUGUAUGAAUAACAUGAUUGCGCAGUAUAGUUCGUUGGGGUGCAGUUCGUCUCAGGCCGCGUGUCUAUGUAGAAAUGCUAAUUUUGGGUAUGGCAUUAGGGAUUGUGCGAAUGGAGCGUGUGGCACAGCGGUGGCGAGUACAGUCAUCUCUUUCGGGUCGGCGUAUUGUGCUAGAGCUACUGCUGCCGCUUGA